CAUCUUUCUGGCCAGUGGAUUGGAUUUCCCCUCCGUUUUUCACACUCUCUGUUAGUGGGCAAUGGCAGAUCCCCGUCUGAAAUCAAAGUGGGGCGUACCAACACAGACGGCUAGCAAGGCAGGUCUGUGAAACCAUAAACAUCGAGAACGCUGAGGCAACACCAGGUAUAGCUCCCUUCGAGAUUCGUAAUCCAGUGAACACGAGGUGUGUAACAUCUAUUUUCAAACUGCCUUACGGGAAUUAUAGAACCAGGUUUGUAAUGUACAUGUCCAAGCAGUCGACAAGCGAUCUUGUCGACCUCACAGAUCGUAUCACACGUACCAGUCCUUUUUGUUCAGCUGGAGGAGGAUUUGGUGAUAUCUGGCGAUGCGCGCUACAAACUGGUGCAACGCAGGAUGUGGUUGCAGUCAAAGCGAUCAGGUUUCAAUCUGGAGAGGUCAGUGCAUCACACGAAAAGGCACUGCGACGUGAACUUGAAAUGUGGAAGAUACUUGUCCAUAUAAAUAUCUUGCCACUAUUAGGCAUUGCCCGAAAUUUUAGCCCUUCUAUAUCUAUGGUCUCGCCUUGGUGCGAAAAUGGCUCACUGGCAGCUUAUCUCCAGCAACACAAGGGUAUUACUGUGUUUGAUCGCCUCCACCUACUUCAAGAUGUUACAUCUGGUCUCCAUUAUUUGCAUGGUAUCCCAAUGGUUCACGGUGACUUAACCCCGAACAACGUGCUCCUGAAUAACGACAAAAGGGCCGUCCUCACAGACUUUGGCUUGUCGUCCAUGCUUGGGGAUAUCACGGGCUUCUCAUAUGUUGAACGGUCUUGUGCCCAACCAGGAGCAAUUCGCUACAGCGCUCCCGAGCUUCUGAUUUUGACGGACUCUGACACAUCUAUCCAACCAGACAUUCGAAGUGAUGUCUACUCAUUUGGCUGUCUCGCGCUUAAAGUCCUUUCGGGAAAUGAGCCCUGGGCUGAUGUCAAACAUUGGAGAUUUAUCAUUAUCAAAGUGACAGAUGGACAUACACAACAGAGGCCUACCCAUAGUCCGGUUUUAGAUGAACACUGGCGACUAAUACAACGAUGUUUCUUACAACCUGAUGCUCGACCGUCCACACGUGACAUUCUGAAGUUUCUUGAAGCAGAAUUACAGUCGGAAGAUCAAAAAUUGUCGGCUGUGAAUCAAACGACCAAAUUCGCCAAUCGAAAUGAAGCUAUAUCUUUCGGGUACAAAACUACGGUCAACACAUCUCAUCUGACACAUGGUUCCGGGACAAGUCCCAUUAUUGCUGCAAAUCAACACAUAGCAUCCACGUCGUCCAGCUUUAUACCUGAUAUUCCUGACAAAGGGCAAGGCUCUGCGCGCAAGUUUAGUUUAAAUGUUUUCCGCCGUAACAACGCACAGUCGAUUAAAACACGAGGCGCAAACAUCGAACAAGAAACUACCGGCCAUUUCGCUAUUAUUGAGGCCUGUUCGCUGAAAAUAGUGGAAGACUUUGCCGUAGCUCCGGGGGGCCUUGGGAAUACUUUUCAGUGCAUCUUGCAGAAGAAGGCGUUCAAAAAGGAGAAGGUUGCUGUCAAGUCCAUCAAGGUACGAGAUGACAACGAAGGGAGCAUUAAGGAGGCCCACAAAAUCAUCAUGGCGAAAGUGCAAAGCUGGAUGUCUCUCCGGCACGAAAAUAUAUUGCCUGUCUACGGUACUACUACUGGGUUUGGUUCUAGCCUCCCCUGUUUGGUCUCGCCUUGGAUGGAGAAUGGAUCCUUGACCAGCUAUCUAAGCGCCAUGGAUCAAACUCUCACAAGCGCUGCGAAAUUCUCGCUUCUAUUUAAUGUCGCAGCUGGGCUCCGCUUUCUUCAUAGCAAUGAGAUAAUCCACGGCAAUCUCAGUAGCGACAAUGUUCUCAUUGAUAAUCGCCAUACCGUCCGUCUCGCGGACUAUGGUCUGUCUUCAGUCGUAUCCAUGUGUGGCGAACUCUUUCAGUCCUAUCAUUGUGGUGCUUUGCGCUGGACGGCCCCGGAAAUGAUCAGCAACGAUGAUCAAGAGCUCGAUAACGAGUCAAGAUAUUGCAUCGAUAUCUAUUCUUUCGGAUGCAUCAUGCUUCAUGUGCUCUCUGGAAAGUUACCAUACUGGUGGCUGGACGAUGUUCUGCGCGUAGUUUCUGCACGACACAAUGGCGUGAGUCCAGUUCGUUGCGGGACGGAGAUGCAUGAGGGACAUGUGGAAUUCGUCCAGCAUUGCUUGUCAGUUUCUCCAACGGACCGUCCAACAAUAGAUAAGAUCGACGCUUUCAUUGCAAGAUCUACGCGGCCCAUUGUAAAGUAG